AGGGCGCUGCUGCGGAAGCUGCAGUGCCUGGUGGAGGUGCCGGGGCGGCUGCGGCGGUGGGCAGCGCCGGGGGCAGAGCCUGCGCGGGCCCUGCGCUGCCACGCCCGUGCCCGUGCCGUGCUCCGUCACUACCGCCACCUGCCCUCCUUCCGUGCCAUCGAGGAUGAGAGCCAUGCCAUCAUGGCCGACCUGGCCCAGCGCCUCCGCGCACGCCUGCGGGAUGACACCUUGGACCCCAAGGAACUCACCGAGUGUGUGGAGAUGCUGUUGCAGCUGGAAGAGCCGCCUGAGGAGCUGUGCGAGGAGUUCCUGAGUUGCACAAGGCGAUGUGGGGGUAUUUUGUGGGUUUUGAGGGCCCCGGGGUGGUAUUUUUGGGGUGUAACUCCCUACUUUUGCUUGCAGGGGGAGUUCUGUGUGGAAGCGGUGCGUGAAGGGCUGGUGGUGGCCUUUGUGCGUUGGCUCUGCCGCACCGCCCGGGGCGUCGCCGAUGGCCCGGCUGAGCGAGGGGCUCCCGCGGCUCCCCCGGCCCUGCUGCUGCUCCCCGCCCGCCUCUUCCUUUACUAUGAGGCCACUACCAUCAGCUACAUCCUCACUCUCACCGACGAGCAGUUUCCCCCCCAGGACACCGGCCCAGCGGUGACACCGGGACCGGCACUGUGCGCAGAGGCGCGGGGGGCGGCACAGCGGCUGCUCGACCACUACGUGCAGGUGCAGGGCGCCGCGGUGGCACAGAUGCUUAGGAAGAGUUUUGUCGUGGAGACACGAGACUGGUUGGGCACCGUUGAGCCCCGCAAUGUUCGUGCCGUCAUGAAGCGCGUGGUCGAGGACAUCACCGCCAUCGAUGUCCAGGUGGGGCCGCGCUUGGGGGUGCGGGGGGCGCAGAGCAGGGACCCGAGCCGGCGCGCCUUCUCCGUCUACAGCAGCUCACGGGCACCGGGGCGCUACGCCCCCAGCUACACCCCCAGCGCCCCCAUGGACACCCACCUGCUCAGCAACAUCCAGAAGCUCUUCUCCGAACGCAUUGACAUCUUCAGCCCCGUCGAGUUCAACAAGGUGUCGGUGCUGACGGGGAUCAUCAAGAUCAGCCUGAAGACGCUGCUGGAGUGUGUGCGGCUGCGGACGCUGGGGCGCUUCGGGCUGCAGCAGGUGCAGGUGGACGGCCACUACCUGCAGCUCUACCUCUGGCGCUUGGUGCAGGGGCUGCUGGACGAGGUGGCCGCCAGCGCCACCCACCGCUGCCUCGACCCUGUCCCCAUGGAGCACAGCGUCGUCGAGCUCAUCUGUGAGCGCGGGUAG